CCAGAAUCGGUGCACAAUCACGCAGUUACCCCACCAUGACCCAAGGAUAUCUACUGGGAAUCGACUCUGAAUAGGCUCGCGACAAAUCAUAGAGAUCUGAAAUAGCUGCGCUGGGCUCCGUGAGCCGCUUUUCACGAUGGGUCACAUCAAACAGAUUACCAUUCAAGGGUUUAAAAGCUACAAGGAGCAGACGCAAAUCGAGCCCUUCUCUCCUAACAGCAAUAUAAUCGUUGGUCGCAAUGGGUCUGGCAAGAGUAACUUCUUCGCUGCCGUGCGGUUCGUACUAGGAGACGAUUACCAUCACAUGAGUCGUGAGGAACGGCAGGCGUUACUACACGAAGGAUCAGGCUCCGCUGUAAUGUCAGCGUAUGUAGAAGUGUGCUUCGAUAACAGCCAGGACCGUUUCCACACCGGCCGCCCCGAAUUCUUCCUCAGGCGCACCAUCGGCGUAAAGAAAGACGAGUACUCGAUUGACCGCAAAAAUGCUACCAAAGCCGAAGUACAGCAAAUCCUUGAAUCCGCCGGUUUCUCACGCUCGAAUCCAUACUACAUUGUUCCGCAGGGUCGUGUAACUGCCCUUACAAACAUGAAGGACACGGAACGUUUGAAUCUUCUGAAGGAGAUAUCUGGCUCCAAAGUCUACGAGACAAGACGUACCGAUUCGUUGAAGCUUCUGAAUGACACAGAUAGCAAACGAUCCAAGAUCGAUGACUUGGUGAAAUCUAUAGAGGAGCGCCUCGGAGAGCUCGAGCAAGAAAAGAAAGAGCUGGAUGAAUAUAACAAGAGCGAUCGGAAUCGGCGAACACUACUCUACACGAUCAACAGACGCGACGAGGAUAAAUACAAGGCUAUCAUUGAAGAUAUCGAUCAGCGCAGACAGAACGGCAUGUUAGGCAAUGACCAAAACACCCGAUCCUUCCAAGAGAACGAGAAGGCCAUGGAGCGCAUUGAUACAGAAGUCAACCAACUCAAGAGUCAAAUCGCAUUGUUGCAGGAAGAUCGUGCCCAGCUGGAAAAUGAUCGAAGGGCUUCCACUCGAGAGAAAGCCAAGGUAGAACUGGAGCUCAAAGACCUACGCGAAGGGCAGUCAGAAACCCAAAGGUUGAAGGAGCGCAACGAUGUCAAUCAAAAUAGAAUCAGGCAAACGAUCAAGUCACUUGAAAAGGAGCUGUCAAGGCUUCUUCCGCAAUAUGAGGCAAAGAAGAGCGAGGAAAACGCAAUACGAUCCGAGCUGGCUGAUGCAGAAAGUUACAGAAAGCGCCUUGAGGACAAACAAGGCCGCACUGCUUUCUAUUCCAACAAGCGAGAGCGCGAUGAGGCACUGAAGAAAGAGAUUAAAGACGCCACAAUGGAUAUGGCACGACGCAAAGCCUUACUUAUGGAUACAAACGAAAUGAUUGGAAAUCUCGAGACAGACAUAGGUGCAAUGGAGACCAAGAUCGUCGAGCUGCGUUCUGCCAUUGAGAACCAAGGAGAUGACACAAUGUCACACGCAACACAAGUCCAAAAGGCAAAGGAUGCACGAGACGAACUCAUGGACAAGCGAAAGGGACUUUGGCGAGAGGAAGCCAGACUCAAUGGUCAGGUUCAGAACGUGGAAUCGCAGCUGAGACAUGCCGAAGGCACUCUCUCCCACAUACUCGACCACAAUACCAGCAGAGGACUUGAGACACUCCGUCGCUUAAGGCGCCAGCACAACCUAGAGGGUGUGUAUGGGACAGUGGCAGAACUGCUGGAAGUCUCUGAUACUUACAAGACUGCGGCUGAGGUCACGGCUGGAAAUACCCUUUUCCACGUUGUUUGUGACACCGAUGAUACGGCCACUCACCUUGUCGAUUUACUGAACCGCGAGAAAGGUGGUCGUCUUACCUGCAUACCGCUCAACCGCGUCAGGACGAAGAGCAUUCAAUUGCCAAAAUCAACAGACGCUCAACCUCUCAUCCAGAAACUCAAGUACGACCCGAAGUACGAGAAUGCUUUCCAGCACGUCUUUGGGAAAACCAUCGUAUGUCCCACAUUGGAGAUUGCCGCGGGCUACGCUCGAACGCACGGCGUGACCGCUCUCACACCCGACGGAGACAAGGCAGAUCAAAAGGGUCGCUUGCAAGGAGGAUGGACAGAUCCUUCAAAGUCCAGACUUGACGCAGUCCAGAACGUCGCUCGAUGGCGUGAAGAGAGAGAGAAGAUCCGCACCAACAAUGACAAGGUUCGAGAUGACCUCCAACAACUGGAGCAAGAGAUUACGCGUGCACAGGGUGAACUCCGCAAGAUUGAGCACCAGAGAAACCAGGUCGAAAGCAGCUACGGACCAAUGCGACUAGAGCUCCGCGCCAAGCAGACUGAGUUGCAGAACAAAAAGGAUGCACUCGAACAAGCGCGUCGCACAGCCACUGAACUUGAGUCGAGGAUCAACAUAAUUGGAAAUCGACAGGCUGACUUGGAGAGCGAACUUGCAUCGGACUUCAAAAAGGCAUUGUCAAAGGACGAAGAACAGAUGCUGGUAGCAUUAGCUUCGAAGCUUCAAGAUCUCAGUCGACAAUUAAUAACACUCACAUCUGAUCGAGUAACUAUCGAGACAAGGAAGUCCCAGAUAGAGUCAGAGCUACGCGAGACUCUCCUACCAAAACUGGAUGAAUUUCUCGCUUCGGAUGACAGCGUAGGUGGCACAGGCAACCAAUCAACACGCCUCAAGGAGUGUGAGCGGUCUUUAAAGAGUAUCAACCGUGCCAUUGCCAGUUUUGAUGAGCAAAUUGAGCAAGCAGACAGCGAGAUCAACGGACUGAAUAGCCAAAUUGACCAACUGGAGAAGGAAAAGGCUCAGUUAAUACAAAACAACCACCAACUUGCCCGCCAUAUCGAGAAGGAUCAAAAACGUAUGGACUUGAGCAUGCAAGAUCGAGCACAGGCACAGGAGAACCUGAACAGAGUGCAGCGUGAUAUUCGAGAACUCGGCACCUUACCUUCAGACGCCCAGACUGUGCAUAGCGGAAAGAGUGCAGAAAGGCUAUCCCGGGAACUUCAUAAGGCGAACGAGGCUCUGAAAAAGUACUCGCAAGUCAACAAAAAAGCUUUCGAGCAGUACGAGACAUUUACCAAGCAACGACGCAUGCUUACCGAUCGACGGAACGAGCUUGACACAUCACGCAAAUCCAUCGAGGAUCUCAUUGAAAUCCUCGAUCAGCGUAAAGACGAAGCCAUCGACCGAACCUUCAAACAGGUGUCUAAAGCUUUUGCCGAGGUCUUUGUGCAGCUUGUGCCUGCUGGUAUCGGCCGUCUCGUAAUCCAGCGCAAAAGUGACCGAGAGGCCGGCCGUGGCGGUGAUGAUGAAGACAGUGAUGAGGAAGAGGAAAGAGGCGUGAGGGGCACCGUUGAGUCCUAUAAGGGCGUCGGUAUCUCGGUAUCCUUUAACAGCAAACACGACGAGCAGCAGCGUAUCGGCCAACUUUCCGGUGGUCAAAAGUCUCUUUGCGCUUUGGCUUUAGUCUUUGCCAUCCAGCAGUGUGACCCGGCGCCAUUUUACCUUUUCGACGAGAUCGACGCCAAUCUUGACGCACAAUAUCGUACAGCUGUGGCUGAAAUGCUUCGCAAACUUUCAGGUAAAGGAGGCGAGGCCGGGGAAGGUGGUGGUCAAUUCAUUUGCACUACCUUCCGACCGGAAAUGGUGCUUGUGGCCGAGAAAUGCUACGGUGUGAGUUACAGUAAUAAGACCAGUAGUAUCGAUGUUGUUGGAAGGGAAGAUGCUCUCGAGUUCGUGGAUGGAAUGCAAAAGAGCUAGGUUGUUCUUUCACUCACCGUUCGCGAUAGCCUUCCUACCCGUCCAAAUGUACAGAAGGUGGAUGAUAUGAUGUCUUAGGAGUAGGAUACCAGGAAAUGGACCGAAGGCGUUCUAGUUAUUUGUUCCCAUCUUCAAGCUUGACUCUUUGGUACGAUACGAUAGGUGAAAUGUACCGAU